UUGGCUCGCACGGCGCAGAAGGCACUGGGAGCACACUCCGCCAGGCUGUGCGCAGAGCCGGAGCCAGAGGCCGCGGAGACACUAUGCACGCCCCCAACUGAAGCAGCAGCACCUCGAAGCCGCAGCUCCCGGCAGCGCAGCGGGUUUCAGGGCGCUCAGACCCAGAGGAAGCCGUGCCGGGGAGAGAUCCGAGGGCCCCUCCAGGACAGUCCUCACCCGACGCCCUUCUGCAGACAGGAGCGCACAGUGGCCCCGGCUCGCCGUGCCAUGGAGCGGAUCCCCAGCGCGCAGCCGCCCCCCGCCUGCCUGCCCAAGGCGCCAGGACGGGAACCCGGAGACCUACCAGGGAUGGAUUUUGCCCACAUGUACCAAGUGUACAAGUCGAGGCGAGGAAUCAAGCGGAGCGAAGACAGCAAGGAGACCUACAAACUGCCGCACCGGCUCAUCGAGAAAAAGAGACGUGACCGGAUUAACGAGUGCAUCGCCCAGCUGAAGGAUCUCCUGCCCGAACAUCUCAAACUUACAACUUUGGGUCACUUGGAGAAAGCCGUGGUCCUUGAGCUCACCUUGAAGCACGUGAAAGCCCUAACGAACCUCAUCGACCAGCAGCAGCAGAAAAUCCUGGCCCUGCAGAGCGGUUUGCAAGCCGGAGAGCUGUCGGGGAGAAGCGUCGAGGCAGGCCAGGAGAUGUUCUGCUCGGGCUUCCAGACGUGCGCCCGGGAGGUGCUGCAGUACCUGGCCAAGCACGAGAACGCUCGGGACCUGAAGUCCUCGCAGCUGGUCGCCCACCUGCACCGGGUGGUCUCGGAGCUGCUGCAGGGGGCGCCCCCCAGGAAGGCGCCGGAGCCCGCUCCCAAGGCCGCGGACUUCAAGGAGAAGCCCGGCGCCCUGGCCAGAGGCUCCGAGGGCCCCGGGAAGAACUGCGUGCCCGUCAUCCAGCGGACUUUCGCGCACUCCGGCGGGGAGCAGAGCGGCAGCGACACGGACACCGACAGCGGCUACGGGGGCGAGUCGGAGAAGGGCGACCCGCGCGGCGAGCGGCCCUACCUCAACAGUGACCACGGGCACAGGUUCGCCGCGGGAGAGCGGGUCGGGGCCAUCAAGCAGGAGUCGGAAGAGCCCCCCACCAAAAAGAGCAGGAUGCAGCUCUCUGAUGAGGAGGGCCGCUUUGCUGGCGGGGACCCCGUGGGCUCCCCGUUCCUGGGCCCGCACCCCCACCAGCCCCCCUUCUGCCUGCCCUUCUACCUGAUCCCGCCCACGGCCACGGCCUACCUGCCCAUGCUGGAGAAGUGCUGGUACCCCACCUCCGUGCCGCUGCUGUACCAGGGCCUCAACGCCUCCGCCGCGGCCCUCUCCGGCUUCAUGAACCCCGACAAGAUCUCGGCGGGGCCCCUGCUGCUGCCGCAGAGACUCCCCUCCCCCUCGCCGCCCCACCCGGCCGUGGACUCCUCCGCCCUGCUCCACGCCCUGAAGCAGGUCCCCCCUUUACACUUAGAAACCAAAGACUAAACUCUUCAGGGGGUCCCACUGCUUCGCUUGCCACCCUCUUUCCACCCCCCUGCCCCCCAAAAAGUGUGUGUGUGAGCACGGCGAGAUGGUUCCGGCGUGUGCAAGGCUGGCCGAGGCCGGAGACAAUGGGGGGGUGGGGGCGUGUGCGCCGUGUGUUGGCUGCAGCCCAGGGGACACGCGAAGGGGCGCCCGCCGGCAGGAGUGUUGGGGGUGGAAGCGCACCUCUGGGCCUUUCCCCACCCGGAGAAGGACCCCCCCCACCCCCUGAUAGGAAUCAGCUGGAUUUCCAAAAGCUUCAAAGCCUCGGGCUGUGAGUCAGCCUCCACGUCAGGAGCCAGGUCGGUGGCUUUGAGAAAAAGGUACUUUCAGAAAAGGGCUUUCCAGGGUGCAGCGCCCAGUCUGCGCUCCCGACCCCGCCCCGCUCCCUCCUGCUGCCACCCGUGACUCACCGGCCUGCCCCACCCCGGGAGAGGGCCGCCAGAUGGAGCUUUCCGAGGGGGUCAGCGCUGGCCUAGCUGGCAGCGGUUUGGGGAGGCUCCCCCAGGUCUGUGCCCCACCCCUGCCCCAAGGAACAGAGAGGAUGCAGUUCCCUCCCCGGGUGUUUGGGCUUGGGCAGCAGUGAGCUCCCUGGGGAACUGAAAGGGGUCCCUGACCAGCCCAGCUGUCAGGGGAGGAGGAAGGAGGCCCCUGGGGCCUCGGGCACCUGUUUCAAGGUGUCGCCUCGGAGCAGUCUUGCCGUCCGUCCAGGGCAGCUCGCCAGGGUCUGAGAGGUGCGGCCCCGAAGGUCUGAGCCGUCUCAGAGUGCACCCAGUGGGGUAACAAACGGCUCCUUUCAAUGAGCAAAGCUAGACCCUGUUUUCAGUUCUACCCCAGAGCUCCUCGCCAGGCUUAGCUUCUCAAGGGCCCCGCCAGCCCCUUAACCAGGUCCUCUCUGCAGGCUGAUGCCCCUCGCCUGGCGGCGUGGGGAGGGUCCCCCUCGCCGGGAGGGGUUCUGCCCCCUUCAGAGAAGUUCCAUUUUUGGUCCAGAGCCUGUCCCUGUCCCUGACUCGUCCAGCCAGCCCCGCACCAGCUUCUAGAAUGCACUCUGCCUGCCUGACCGCCGGCCGCGUGUUCCCUCUCGCUUCUCUCCUCUUUUUAUUUUGGUAUAAAGUCGUUGCCUUUAUUUGUAAAACGGUUAUAACUAUAUAUUAUAUAAAUAUAUUCAAAAGGAAGCUGUUUUAGAUGUCUAUUUGUACAAAGCGAGAAAAAUGAAUGUAUUCCUGGUUUUGCAGAGAAGAAGGAAUUUUUUUUUUCUCUAGGGAGAGGUACCGUGUUUAUAUUUUGGAGCUUUCCUGAAGGUGUGAAAUUGUAAAUAUUUUUAUCUAUGACUCAAUGUCAAGUAGCUGUUUAAAGUACUUAAUAAAAUAAUCCUUUUCCUGUGGAAGAGAAA